AAACUUUUUAAAACAAUCAACGAUAAACGAUCACCACCAAUUACAUUAACAAUUAACAAUCAAUUUAAAGUGAGACUCGUAGUUACAUAAAUAAAAAAAAACACUGACAACAAAUUGAAUAGCAAUUUUAUUACAUAUUACAAUUAACUAAUUUCAGAAACAUUGAUGACAAUAAUCAAUAAAUUGAUUGGAAAACAAAAUUCACACUUUAAACUUGAAAACAAUCAAGGUUAAUAAUCAAUAAAUUGUCAGGCAACAACAACAUUAGCCAGUUGAUAGUUUCAACUUGAGAUGUGAAAUCAAAGUGAAUAUAAAUUGUUAACAAUUAGCUAAAUUGUGAUGUUAACAGAUCGUUUCUAUCCAUCCUCAUACCCUAACAAUUAUCCACCCAAAUAUAAACCACCAAAAUCAUUGAUUAACAACAAUCAAAUCGUUUCAUCAACAAUUAACCGCUAUGGUAACUUAUUGGUUUCCAAUCAACACCAGCAACAAUUAACAAUUGAUACUAAUUUAAAAGAGGAAUCAUCUUAUCGGUUAAUUGAUUAUCUCACUUGGACAAUUUACUUUUCAUCAGCCAUUUCAGUAAUCUCAUUGAUUGCAAUCACACCUAAUUACGUUAUUGAAGCUGUAGCAAUUAAGGAAGGACGAAUUAUAAUUGCCGAUGAAUUUGUGGCUGAAGAAAAUCAAAAACAAGAAGAAAUCGAUUAUGAAUCAAUCAGAUUGACCGGAGCAAUUAGAUCAGCAAUCGUAACGCUAUUGCUUGACCUUUGUCCCUUGUGUCCUUUUACUGCUUCCCCUUGUGGCCAUUACACUGGACAUUUACUGGACAUACUUGGCUUGGUUUAAAACGAUUGCCCUAGUAAUUAAUUUAGUUAAUUGUUCACUUGGUUACAUCUUUUCGUGUACAAUUAAACAACGAGAGUAUAAAAGUUUAACCUCAAUGUAAGUUUUGAUCGUGUUUAAUUGUUGUUGUAAUUUAAUCAAUUAUAUUAGAUGUCAAAUUUUAUGUCAACAAUCAAUAAAUUGUUAGAGAUUUAAUUUCAA